CUGGAUCCCAGGCUAUGUCACGUCCUGAACCCCCACCGCCACCCGGAUACACCGGACAUGUGUCCCGGCUUGACGCACACUUUGGUGCGUCGUACGGGCGGACGAUGCGGCAGCUGUCGCAGAAGGCGCCGGCGGCAGCGGGCGGAUACGGAGCGAGCCGGCGGUCGCGGCCGGUGGUCACGCCGGUCAACAACGCAUCGAACCGGAGGUCUCUGGUGGCGGCGCUGGUGGAGGCCGAAUACGAGCCGCCUCCGGGAGGGGCGGCAAAGUCGUCGAUCCAAGAGAACAGAGUCGGGCAUCCGCUCAAGUCUGGCUACACUGGAUACGUGCCGCGGGCCAAGAACCAUCACUUUGGCGAGACCUUUGGCGCAGCCACCUAUCGGGCCUUGGCAGAGUCUGAGCAGAUUCGCCGCAAGACACAGGCCGAGCGCAACCUCUUUGCCACGUACGCUGUUCAGCGAUCGGGUGUGGCUGGGACCCGCCGCACAGGCGCCUCGGCGGCCUCACUGCGCAACCCCUACGCGUCGACCUCGCUCUCGUAUCGCCCGCUUCAGGUCGCAGACUACUCGCUCCGCACCCUUGAUGAGCUCGGCGCUACCCGCGGGCCGACCGAGGCUGCCGCCGAUGGCAGCAAGAGCGAGGGCAAGGGGGAAGACGCAGACGACGGCGCUACCCCACCGCCGGCGGCCCAGGCCGGCGACGACGAGCCGCAGGGCUUCGACCUGGCCGCCGCCCGGCAGGUCGGCAACACCGCGUCGGCCGCCAAGCGUUCCAAGCCCGGCUUUGACAUGAACGCCAUGGCCACGUCGCCGUACCGACUCCCGCGCGGCCAUCCGCAAAAGUACUUUAUCCCGGCCUACACUGGCUACGUGCCCGCCGCCCAGAACCAGAUCGGCAAGAACUUUUCCGACACCACCCGCGCUGCUCUUGAGGAGUUUGCCGACGACUGCGACGUCAACGAGACCAUCCGCCAGUCGACCACUCCGGCGCUGGUCCACUCAAUCCGAUCGUCGUACUACACCGGCGGCGUUGCUCGCCCGCCGCCGCGCCCGGCCCAGCCCUACGUCCGCCCUGUUCCGGGCGCCACCGUUCAUGUCCCCAACGCCAUCCACACCAUCGGGGUCACCUACGGCUCGCUCGUGGCCGAGCCGUCGGACCAGAGUGUGUGCACGUAG